GCGAGGGUGAGGGAUAUGGCACUGGCACAGGCUGAGAUUGGCGUCCUGAGUCUGAUCUUGGCGCUGACCACACUGGGCAACGGCUUUGUGCUCUGGGUCCUCCUGCGUAGGCGGAAGCACCAUGCACCUAUGCACUUCUUCAUGGUUAACCUGUGCGUGGCUGAUCUAGUGGUGGCCUUCUUUCAGGUUCUCCCCCAGCUCAUGUGGGAUAUUACAGAGAAGUUCCAGGGGCCAGAUGCUCUGUGCCGCUCAGUGAAGUACAUGCAGGUCGUUGGCAUGUUUGCGUCCUCCUACAUGAUUGUGGCCAUGACGGUUGACCGCCAUUAUGCCAUAUGCUGCCCUCUGCAGGCCUACAGAUUAGGAGCAAUCUCACGUUGGAACACACCUAUCAUCGUGGCCUGGGGGCUGGCCCUGGUUCUUAGCGUACCCCAGGUUUUUAUCUUCUCUCGGACUGAAGUGAUCCCAGGUGAGUUUGAGUGCUGGGGGCACUUUGCUGAGCCCUGGGGUCUAAAGGCCUAUGUGACAUGGAUGACUCUGGCUGUCUUUGUGCUUCCUACAUGCAUCAUCACUGUGUGCCAGGUGCGAAUAUUUAAAGAGAUCCAUGCCUCUGUGAGGGUCUCCAGCUCUGUGCGCUACUCUUCUGCUUCCUUUUCACACCCUGUGACUGCAUCCUCACCAGGUGUAUCCAGAGCGAUGUCCAAAACAGUAAGGAUGACUCUGGUUAUAGUGCUGGUCUAUACCAUGUGCUGGUCCCCAUUCUUUACAGUGCAGCUCUGGGCAGCUUGGGACCCAAACCCACCAGUCCAAGGUGUAGCCUUCACCAUCCUGAUGCUACUGGCCAGUCUGAACUCAUGCACCAACCCCUGGAUCUACACAGCCUUCUCCAACAGUGUAACCCAUGAACUUCUGUCCCUUCUGCACUGCCAGCCUCGAGUCCUACGCAGAGGCUCUCUUGCUGAUGAUUCCAGUGCCACACAUGUUACCAUCACCAAGGAUUACCCAUACUGAGCCACAGAGAUGCCAGCAAAUGACUGGAAUGUGUAUUAAUAUGAAGCAUAUACCCUGUUCAGCUGGGGAAAAUGGCAAAAACACAAAAAGAUUUGUCAAUGGAAGGUCAUUUUUUUGUAUUUGUAUAAACAUCUGGAAGCAGGUCUAAAGCUUCAGACUGAUGAAACAGUGUGGAUUAUGCAACACAAGCAAGACCAGUGAACAUGAAGGAAUAUUUCAUGGCACACCUACAAGGGCAGGGGAUACAGUCAAUCCCAGAUUGGCAUCCUUGGUAAAGAUAAGUAAAAAUGCCUCUGUAGUUAAACAGAUUAAUAAUCAGUAAUAAUGUAUCUUUCAAUAAAAUAUUUGUUCCAAUUUGAAGUUAAUUCACGGAAAAAUAAUGUUAUAAA